AUGCUAUCUGGUCGUCUACACCUCCUCUGUGCCGUGAGUCUUCUACAGUACUUCUGAAACUACAGUAUCCUUCAGUAGAUGAUCUGAGAGUUUAGCUCUUUCUGAUGUUUGUUUUUGAGCUAUCUCCAUCAUUUUUGGGUUACUUGAACUUGAAGAAUUGCUCUAUAAAGGUAAUCCAAGAUGAUCAGACUCAAAUCUAGUUAGGCUUUUAUCUUCUGUGCUGCCAAAUGCUUUGUUUGCUAGUUUUUCAACGGGUAAAUUGGGAUUUUAACCUUUUUUCCGAUUACUCACAGAUCAAGUUUGUUUUUACACGGUUUAUAUUGAAGUCUAUCAAAUUUUGGUCUAGGCCUAUCGUUCUUGAAUUCGAAAUUAUCGUAGUCAGAAAAAGCUGGACCCAUUUUCAGAUAUUUUUUUUUAAAUUAUUGAAGCUUCUCACUGAGAUAUCUUGUCUAUACAAAAACAUCUUAUUAACUGACAAAGAGGUUCUUUUUUGUUUUCAAAUUUGGGAAUCUCUAGAGCUUUCUAUAAUCUCUUUAUGAAAGUCUGGAUGCAAAUUUUUUUUAAAAAAAGAAUUUGUGAAGUUCCGGAGUUUGAGUUUCACACCGAAGCACGUCUCCAAAGGACUUUUUGAAGUUUUGAAAGUUCAUUUUUCUAAAAAAGAAGUUAUGCGCAGGUGUCCGGAAGAACUUCAUCUAGAACUUCAAUCAAUUAUAUAAAUAUUUUUAGUCAUUGGUGUAAUCGACUAGGUGGUGAACAAGAACAUUUGAAAAACUCUAACGAAUAACCGCUUUUGGAAGUCCAAAGGGCGAGUUGAUCAAGUUGAAUGCAUGCUCUUACGAACCUCCUCGUUCUUCUUCGCGUAACCCUACCAGUUGCGCCUUGGCGAGCUCAGAAUACGACCUAUUUUGUAUCUGGAGCCCGGAUACCGUGGAAGCCUCGAAAUGAGAGCAAUGAAGAAUGAAGAAAAAAAAAGAAAGAAGGAGUACUCAGAGAGUUUUUGAGCAGAUUUUGAGAAAUUUCCAUUCUUGACACUAAAAAGCUCCUUUUUACAAGGAAAAAUUUUUUUACCCCCAUUUUUGAUGAAACUUCGCUGAAGUGUACUUCAGAACCUCCUGAUUUCAGAAAAAGAGAAUAGAUCUAGUUUUUCGAGUGAAGCCGCUUCAAAAAGCUUGAAAUAACCCCUUUUUUUCAUAAGUUGCGUAUUUUGCAUUCAUUGAAGCUUUUUUUGGGGGGGUGAAAAACGCUCCCUUGUUAGUUGUAGAGGUUCCUGUAGAAAUAAAGAUAUGGAUCUAUAUGAAAGUUGUACAAUUUUGAAGAGUUUUCUUAGGUUUUUGUUCCCGGAAAUUUUUCCAAGUGUCUUAAGAGUCACUCCGAAAGGUACCACUCAACAAUUUCCAAGUAGGUAAACUGUUCUUUAGUUUUCAGUUCCCCAUUCUGAAAGUAGACCAAAGGCGAACGCGAAUUCUCGAAUAACAGACAAAAAGGGCGCGUCGAUGAUGGGAGGCAGAAGCCGAACCUCAACGCGAAACUGGUAGACGAAUGACUCGUAAACAAUAAGAAAUUCGACGACGACUCGGCGGCUGAUGAGCUGUUACAAUGUUUUGACCAGAAAAAUAACUAAUGAGCGAACAAUUCCAACAGAACAAGGUGGGAGGGACUAGAAAAAAGGAAAAGACGAAAAAGUUGACCCCCCGGCGUUCUCGACGACAGCAGUUACCCCCGAAGAAUGCUGCUGUUGCAGGUGACCGCCCUCGCGGCGCUCCUGGUCGUCCUCCAGGCCCAGACGACGCCGCUUUUCCCCGUCGCCUGCGAGCUCAACGUCCUCAUCAUCCUCGACAGGUUGGGUCCAUGUUACAAGUACAGAAAUCAGUUAGUCCAGGAGUAGGUGUUGAACGCAAAAUGUUGAGAAAAAGGUACUCUACUGAAGACUUAGAGCUCCGUAGAUCUCGCCCAUAAAGCCCGUUCACGGCUGGCUUUGGAGGUUCAAUUUGCGCGGCGGUGGUAGAUCAUGGCGGCAUUACAUGCGCCUUUAAUAAGAAUCUCAUUUGAUGAAUUAUUUAUGUUUCGAUUGAAGUCACUUUUUGUUAACAUUCAUUUCAUUGGUUUUCAGGUUUUCUUCAAAUUGGCCAAAUAAAAAAGAAAAAUUAAUAAGGGGGCUUUUAUGGAAGGCGCAUAGGUUGUCGUCGUUGCCGCGGAAAUCGAACCGCCCGUUCGGCUUUCCAAGCCAGCCGGACCAUAUUUUAAGGCUAUCACCUUUCCUUUAAAGUUUCUGGAGUUAAAGUCAUUAUCAUCUCCCAGACGUUAAUAUUUUUUGUAGCCAAUCCUAUCUCCCUGAUCUCAGAAAUCAUUUUAACAUAGUGCUCAGGUCAAUUUUCGUGUCCCUCCUCCUGGAAAAAUUGAGUUACCAAGGUGGGCUCUUGCCAAGAAAAAGUAGAAAUUGUUCAACGGUUUCUGGUUUUCUAAUUCAAAAAAAAGCCCUAGCACAAGAAUAUAUACGAAAAUUUUUUUUCAUAUAAGUUACUCGUAUGUAGCUCUACAUUUUUGAAACUCUAACAAGCUAUUUUUUUCUCUGAAAUUCUCCCAGAGGAUUACAAAUAACAGUCAUGACAACUCCAGAAGGUUUCAGAAAGAUACGAGGGAGUUUUGACCAAAAAAGCGUUCUGUGGAAUAUUUCGGGGGUGUAUAAAAAUGUUUUAACAUCGCGAAGGUAGUAUUUAAAAAAAUUAUAUUAUUUUUUUAACCUUGGAGAGGUUUUUUUGUAAUUUAAGGAAAAGAUAUUAUUGGCCUCUGAAAAUUGUCUCCCCAUAUAUGGUUAGAAAUUUAGGCAACUGGACGCUGAAAAAAAGAGGUCAAGCAGUAAAUUCAGAAAGCUAAAUGUUUCAGGGACUAGCUUUUUUUCAUUCACGGAGGUUUCCUAGUUUUCAUCAUAAAUUUUCCGAUUUGAAGUUUGGUUGAAUAUUAUUAGAUCCGACAGUUUUUAUACGGGAGAACAAAAUCGAUAUUUUUCUUUAUCGAUUUCUUGUUGCAUUCAUGAAGUUUCAGAUCGGAUUCCGUCAAAGGCGGCUUCAACAAAAGUCGAAAGUUCGUCACAGAUGUCUCUGAAGAACUGCAAAUCGGACCGUCGAAGCAUAGGGUAAAUAUUUCUACAAAAAGGGGAAAUUUUCGUCUUGGUCGCACUUGAAAUGGCUUGAAGCGUUGCGGUUACGUGGCGCUUGGUUCUGAUGCUUUACUAUAACUUUGCUAGGGGGCAAGUCGUUUCAGGUCUGGCGCGUCUUUUUCGGUUUCAGGCCUGGAGAAACCGCUUCGCAUUCCAAAUGCGACCAUAUAGUUUCUAAUUUCUUGCAAAAAUAAAAAUCUCUGAGAUCAGAUGGCGAUGAUCGUCUACUCCGGCCUGAGCUACCGACGAGAAGUCUUCAAUUGGAACUUUGCCAAGACCAACGAGGAAUUCGUCAGAGUCACCAAUAAUCUUCGAGCUAUCGGAGGCACUACCAACACUAAAAAGGUUUGGAAAUGCUGCUCCAGCUCAAAAACGACCCGAAAUCCAGGCUCUGGAAGUCGGACUGGAGCUGCUGAGCCAGAGGAAUCAGACGAUCCCGACCCUCGUCCUCGUCGUCACCGAUGGCAGGCGAGUGAUUAUUUAUUGUGAACACAGGGGGGAAGACAAUGCUUCCCUCGUCACACAAACAACUGUCGGUCAGACACCAUAAAUUUGAACCAAAUGAAGCGGGAACCAGUUCUUGGUCUGAUUGCAGAUCUGCCGACGAUCCGAAGGGCCCCGGACAACAGAUGCAGCAGCUGUACAACACUUGGGUCUUUGCCGCCGCCACUGGAGAGCCCGAGAAGGUGGACACGUGAGUGAGCGGGGAAUGGUCAGAUAAAAAUGUAGAGAAGAGGAUAGUAGGACUUAUUUGAACCGCAGAUUUUAACUAGGAAGGUUAUUUCACGUAUGGUGAGGGUUUCCUUGAAAACUGGAAAUGGUGAAUCAAAAAGUCUCAACCCCCAUUAGCACCUGAUUUCACAAUAAAAGACACCUCAAAGCUCAAGAUAGCCUUCGAAUCCGUUAAAGAAGGGCUGCUCUUAGUCUUUGAGCCCUCGUUUCCCGGGAAAUAGCUGGAGAGUCCGAGAAGGUUGACACGUUAGUGAGCGGGGAAUGGGGCAGAUGAAAGUGUAGAGAAGAAGAUAGGAGCACUAGUUUGAACCGCUGAUACUCUCACUAGGAAGGUUAUUUCUUGUAUGGUGAGAUCCAGAAAGUCAUAACCCCCAUUGACACCUCUUUCACAAUGAAUGGCACCACAGAGUUGAAGAUAGCCAUCAAAUUCCGUUCAAAAGACUUUUUUUUAGUCUUGAAAAUCGCAAGUCUCACAGCUUUUAAGAGGUUAUAAAAUCUGAGAUUUCGGGCAAAGUCAUAAUGGUGGACAAUGACGGCUGUAAGAGAGAGGCUCGAAAAAGGCAGCAAAAAGAGUCCCUUUAUCGAGCCUUCCAUUUUUAUAGGAUUUGAAAGGCUCAAGAAAUGGUGAAAAAAAGAAACGCCACCUCUAAAGGGGCAUUUCUAUAGAGCUUUUUUCAAUCCAUUUCGACUUUGCCUUUGAAGCCGCCCCACUCUCCAGGAAGGUCAUGAAACUUUAAAUCUCAGACUUUUCAAAAAUUCGGCCUGAAAACUUCUCGAUGUAAGAAAGAUUCUGAAAGUCUUGAGCUCAAAAUACCGGGGUGAAUUGUUCCUAAAAUCGAAAUCUUGAUGAGCAGGAGGUUCGGUGGCGGCUUUCUGAAAACGGCGUCAGAAGGAAUUUCGAACAGUUUUACCGUGGAAAAAAAAACUUCAGGCGUGAACUGAUCGACAUCACCGGCAACAUCAACCACAUCGUUAUGCAUCGAGGCAGAGAACUCGCGACGGAUAUCACGAAAAGAUUGCUCCGAGAGGCUCAGGACAAGUGCAGAACCACCACCACUACUACCACCACAACCACGACUACCACGACUACCAACCCAAUCACGGGUUUCUAACAUUUCAAGAAAAGAAAAUUCAAAAAGCUCUUACUUGAGGUUGCGAAUUGGACCUUGUUCUCGUUAUCGACUUCUCUACGACUACUGACCCAAUAUCUGGAUUUUACAAGGACCUCAGCAAGCGCCUCGUGUCUUCCUUGAAGAUUGGUCCUCAUUACACACAGGUAGGAGCCAAGUUCUGGGCUUGGAAAAGUUCUAGGUUCUCAGAUAAUAUUUUCAGACUUCUCAGAUUUUUUCUUUCUUGUUUUCUGACUUUCAAAGUUUUAUUGUAGGCUUUUCAGACCUUUUUGAAACCUUGUUAGAAACUUUAAGAAUUUUCAGAAGAUUUCUGUACCUUCAUACGUUUUAAGGGCAUGAAUCCCUUCUAGAUGCUUAGAAAAAGCUUUUCAGAUAUCUCAUAUCUUUGGAAGUCUGCUUGUAGUCCUUCCAGACCCUUUUGAAGUCUUUAGAAUCUCUUGGAAUUUUUAAAAUUUUUGGUAGUGUCUGGACUUUCAGAGCCUUCUUAAGCAAGGUAACUGGACUUGAACUGCUUCUAGGUGCCUAGAAAAAUCUUUUCAGGCUUUUCAAAUCUUUCUAAGUCUUCCUGUAGUAUUUCAAGUUCCUUUUUAAAGUAUUUUUUUAGAAUCUUGUGGAAUUUUUUUAAAAAUUUUAGGUAGUGGCAGGACUUUCAGAGCCUUUUGAUGCAUGGUAAUUGAACUUUAACUGCUUCUAGGUGCUUUAAAAAACUUUUCAGGCUUCUUAGGUCUUUCUUAGUCUUCUUGUAGUCCUUCCAGACCUUUUUGAAGUAUUUUCAGGAUCUUUUGCAGUUUUUAAAAUUUUAUAGAUCGCCAGAUAUCCAGAGAUUUCUUAGGUAUGAUAACAUGACUUAAAAUGCAGGCUGGUGUUGAAAAAAAUAAUUUUUAACUUACCAGAUCGGUAGAACCUUCCGGUAGCGUUUUCUGGCUUUUUACAGACCUUUCCAAGGAGGUAUAAUAUGCGAAGUCAUUUCAUGAAAUAGGAGUACUUUUUUACUGCUUUAACUCAAUAUUCUAAAGAUUCUGAGGUCUUUUGGGUCGCCUAGCUGAAGAAAGAUAGACAGAAUAUAUUUCUUUCCAGGUAGCCGUCGUGACAUUCGCUACGGUGGGCCGAACUCGAGUUCGGUUCAACCUGAAGAAGUUCAAAACCCAGGAGGAAGUCUUGAGAGCCAUCAACGGUCUGGAGUCCAAGGGCGGCACCACCGCCAUCGGUUUGACCUUGUCCCAUUGUUACAGUCGAACUCGCUGACCUGACGUCACUCGCCGCAUAGUUAACGCGUUUCUUGGUCUCUUAUCGAUAGGUUAAGGCUUGAUGAUCUUUGAGAACUGCGAAACUUGGCGCUAUUUUUGAGGCGAAAGUCACAAGAAACUGACAAGUGAGCUAUUGGGAAUUUUCUGAGAUCGGUUCAACUAUCAAGACUAUGAAAUGGUCAACCUGCGUCUUACCAGGGAAUAUUCUCCGGUCGCAGUGUGACCAAGUUUACUAGAUGUAGUUUUACACGCUGAUUUCAAAUCUAGUCUCGAAAAAGGCCGAGGAAAUCUGUGAAAAUAGUUACAGACCCUCAAAAGUAAAAAAUUUCAGUCUCCGACCGAUCUCAUUUAGGUAGGGUAUAUAGACCUUGUCCCUCUUUCCAUGGAAAACCAUCAAAUUAGCCUCAGAAAAAUUUUGGAGCUCAGAUAUUCUCCUUCAAAGCCUCGCCGAACUUGAUCUCAAUCGGAUAAGUUGAGAUUUUCGACUUUUGAGGGUCCAUAACUUUUUUCACAAACUUCGUCGGCAGUAUUUGAGGCCAGAAUUGGAAUCAGCGUGAAAAACUGCAUCUAAAAAGUUUAUUCUCAUUGAGAGGUCCCACUGCGACCUGAAAUCCUUCCCUGGUUAGUUCUUGUGCCUCGGAAGCGCCCCAGACGUAUUUGAUUCUCUCCAGUGAUCCCUUUAGCGGCGUCAGCACUCUCAGGUGACUACUUGAAUUGCUCAGAAACGCCCGAAGCGCGCCCGAUUUGCGUUAUGUUCAAGUUUUUUGGGAAUGAGGUCUUGGAACGGCUUUUUAAGCCUACUUUGGAUAGUUCUUUCGGCUCUGAAAUGCUCCUUGAAGGGUUUUUCCUUCUCAAAAUUUAGAAGGAAGACUUCUAAAAUAUUCAUUUUGUACAUCAAAGAGUGUUCCGACAGGUUUCGAAAAUGAAUUUAAGCCUUGAGGAAGCUCUCAAGAUCUCAGAACUCUGCUGAUUUUUGAAGCUUUUUUCCUAGAAAUGAUUACUAAUUUGGCUCCCAAUGGUUUUUUUCAGGAGAAGGAAUCCGACUUGGUACCACCAUGGCCAGUGAGGAAGAAGGCGCCAGACCUGGAAUCGCCACCAAGGUCCUCAAAUUUUAAAGUCCCGAAGGUCUCAACCCUUUUUUCCAGGUUAUGGUCGUCUUCACGGACGGCUGGAGCAACAAAGGCCCGGACCCGUCUCAAAUGGCCAAAAAAGCCGUCAGCGAAGGAUUCGAGGUCUUUACCGUCGCCUACACGGUAAUCGUACUCUUUUUUUUUCGAAGGCGAGAAAAAAAAACGAGUUUUUUGGCGAGAAAUCACGCGGCUACUUAUCAAAGAGGAGAAGUUUAGUAGACCAGGGCGAUGAUUUAUUUGUUUUGAUUCUGGGGCGUUUUUUUCGAUAUUUGAUAUUUGUUGUCGAUUGGAACGAGCUUCUUGUUUUUUGGAUUGGAAUGGAAUUUUCAAAAAGUCUCAAAAGCAACGGGUACAAAAAAAAGUUUUAUUUUUUGAUUCUGAUGAAAUUUCUGUGAUGACCCAUCAUCAGAAAGGCGGACACAUUUUUUAAAGCCAUUUCCUCCUACUGUAGCCGGGUUACGGUAGUCAGGUGGGGACCUGCGUAUCUGAGUAUUGAAGAGUUUUUACAAGGCAAGUGAUAUAUCAAUCGAUAGGUAAUCCAAUUUUAGAAACUUUUACAGUACAUUCCAACUUGAGUUACUGUAGAAAUUUUUGGGAUACGGUGCUUUUUGUGUUUGAAACGUCGGUUUUUCGGUCACCACUUGUCGUCGCUAAAUAGUCGCAUCGUAAUUUUUUUUUUUAUGGAAUAUGUCUUUUGAAGGAUAAAUGUUAAGUCAUUUUUCUUUUCAGGAACGAAAAUUGGUAGCCAAGAACCCCCAAAGAGACGAUAAUUGAGACACUGUUCAGAAAUAUAAGCUAACUUUGAGAAUUUGACUCUUUUCUGUAUGCUUGAACCCCUUCGAGGAUCUUUAACUGUAGAUUUACACGUUAUUCAGUCUUCAAAAAAGAGCUUUCUGUCGAUUCACGAAGAUGGCGUUGCUCAAGAACAGCGAGUAGGACAUCAAGUCUUUAUUGAAAUAUUUUUAUAAAAAUAGUUUUAGAGAAGCCGAAAAAAGGUUUUAUUCCUUGAAAAAAAUGAGUAAUCAACUCUGUAGCAAACAUUUCUUCUUUCUAGGUCUUUGAAAAAAGAUGCCUUCAUGGUAGAAAGUAUUUUUUUUUAUCAGCUUAUUUGGUAAUUCCAGGCCAAAGUGAAGAACGCCGUCACGACCAACAACGAAACGCUCAAGGAGGUCUCGCAGGACGGCGCCCAUUCCUUCACCGACAAUGACUAUCAGAAGCUCAUCGACCGAAUCCGACAGCGCAACCUUCCUUGCCUCUAA